ACAUCCAUGAAGACAUUUGAGUGAAGCACAAAGAGAGAAAAGGAGGUUGUUCAUGAGUCUGUGGAGCGUCUCGGGUUGAGCAUCCAAAUCACGUGCGUGAGGAAUCCAACACCUGCCUGCUAAUUGAUGUUUCAUAACAGCAGAGACAAGAAUGUUCAGCAAGCCUCCGUCCUGCAGCACAAGAAGAAGAACAGAUCGCUGACAGAAGAGAAGAGACGACGAGGCAGACAAGACAGAGAGAAGAAGAAGAAGGAAAGCAUCAUGGACGCUCUGAAGAAGGGACUCAACAUGGCGAAGGACGGAGUUGUGUCCGCCGCCGAGAAGACAAAGGCCGGCGUGGGUGGAGCCGCUACCAAGACCAAGGAGGGGGUCUUCUAUGUCGGAAACAAGACGAUGGAGGGAGUCGUGACCGGAGUCAACACAGUCUCCCAGAAGUCCACCGAACAGGCCAACGUCGUGGCCGACACCGCGGUCGCCGGGGCCAACGAGGUGGCCCAGGCGGCGGUGGAGGGGGCGGAGAACGCGGCGGUGGCGAGCGGCUUCGUCAGCGCGGAAGAGGCGGGACCAGUGGCUGAGGAGGCCGCCCUCCCUAAAACAGAAGCAGGGGGAGAACCGACGGAACAGGCUGCCCAGUAGAACCUCGUCCUCACCGACCUGCUGUCACUUCCUGUUCCUUCCCGUCCAAUGAGCAAUGAGAGAAGAGGAACCUUUACAUUGUAACUGUCGCUCAGCCCUUUGACCUCUGUGUGUAAUGACAUCAUCCACCAGGCCUAAUGUGGCUCACAGGCCCCGCCCCCUCCUCCAGUCAAUCACAAGGCUGACCCCGCCCCCUUUUGAAUGCAUGUUGCCUUACUGACA